GGGCCUCAGAAUCUCGUAACGUUGCUAAGUAGCUGUCAACACUGGUCGGUAACUACGGCGCAGGCUUGUUUAGAUUCAAUUUCCAUUUUGUCACACGGCUUACGUUUUGUCACACGGCUUCCUAGCUAUUAGCACACUCUCCACAAGAAAUUACAAUGUCGACAAGUCAAGCUCCAGUAUUGGUCACUGGGGCAGCGGGUCGAGUCGGCAGUGUUGGAAGGCGUGUCGUGGAAGUCCUGCGAGCGUCUGGCUUGCCGGUGCUCGCGCUGGUCCGUCGGGAGGAUGAACGCGCUCAGCGUCUUCGCGACCUGGGCGCUGAAGUCAUUGUCGCCGAUCUUACGAAAACAGAAGAGGUCCUACCAGCCGUCCAAGGCUGUCGGCUCGUGUUCUUCAGUACCAGUGUUGCGUCUGACUUUCUGGAGGCCUCGGUGGUCAUGGCCGCAGCCGCGAGAACCAACCCCAACCUCGAAAUCCUAGUCAAUCUAUCCCAGAUGACCGUCUCGAGCAUGGAUCUUACCCAUGUCACCGAAUCACCGCAACAUAGGGUUCACUGGUUGGCCGAACAGGUGCUCAAUUGGUCUGGCGUCCCUGUGGCACAUCUACGUCCUACAGUGUUCCAGGAGAGCCCGUUCUUUUGGGGACUGGCCGCCAAGUCCAUUGAAGAGACCGGAACAAUCCGAUUGCCUUUUGGAAAAAGCCGCACAAACCCAGUAUCCGCGAACGACGUUGCAGAAGUCGGGGCCGCGAUGCUCCUCGAACCUUCCAAAUACGUCGGAAAGGCAAUAGAUUUGACUGGGCCGCGUGCCGCCAGCGUGUACGACCUCGCCGAGGAGUAUUCUGCUGCACUGGGUCGUCCUGUUCGUUACGUCGAGGUUCCCUUGGACGAUUGGAAGAAAGCACUGGAAUCGUCCAAGGAAGUUCAGAUUCCCGAACACGUCUACCGACACAUCGCCACGAUGGCCAAGCUUCAUGCAGCUGGAGAUUACGACCGGACUACGGACUCAGUUCUAGAAAUACUUGGUCGACCAGCUGCCAGUUUAUCAGAGACUAUAAAGGCUGGACGUGUCCCUUUUGUACCUUUCGGGCCCAAUCUUGUUAGCUAA